AUGAUGGCCUCUGUCUGCGUCAAGAUUUCCUGUGCGUUCGUCCUGGUGCUGAUGCUGCUGGCUGAGACGGACGGAGCCGGAAUCCCGAGGCCCACGGUCCCAAGGCUCACGGUCCCGAGGAACGUUCACCUCCACAAGCACAACACGAGCAGCAGACAUGAAGGCUUUGUCCCACUGCAGCUGAACACCGAGGUGUUGGCUCCGGCCGCUCCCCUCAGGUCCCUGCAAAACUCCUCCAUCUCACCCUGGACCUACGACUACAAGUACGACGAGUCCCUCUACCCGUCUCACAGUUUUGCCGAGGCUCGCUGUCUGCUGAGCGGCUGCCUGAACCUUAGAGGCACAGAGGACAGUAACCUAUCCUCCAGACUCAUCAAGCACCAGGUCCUGCAGCUGCGCCGGGUCAAGUCCUCCAACGGGACGUACUACUUCAGACUGGAGCAGCGGCUCAGGGCGGUGGGCUGCACCUGCGUCCGCAACACGUACAUUCAGCAGGAGUGA